AUGCCUCAUUAUCAUUUGGAGGGGGGUUGUGAGGAGAUGCCCCAUCUUCUCAGCCCCCCAUCUUCUCAGCCCCCCAUCCUCUCAGCCCCCCAUCCUCUCAGCCCCCCCAUCCUCUCAGCCCCCCCCAUCUUCUCAGCCCCCAUCCUCUCAGCCCCCCAUCCUCUCAGCCCCCCAUCCUCUCAGCCCCCCCAUCUUCUCAGCCCCCAUCCUCUCAGCCCCCAUCCUCAGCCCCCCAUCUUCUCAGCCCCCAUCCUCUCAGCCCCCAUCCUCUCAGCCCCCCAUCUUCUCAGCCCCCCAUCCUCUCAGCCCCCAUCCUCUCAGCCCCCAUCUUCUCAGCCCCCAUCCUCUCAGCCCCCCAUCCUCUCACCCCCAUCUUCUCACCCUACCAUCUUCUCAGCCCCCAUCCUCUCAGCCCCCAUCCUCUCAGCCCCCAAUCUUCUCAGCCCCCAUCCUCUCAGCCCCCAGCUUCAGCCCCCAUCCUCUCAGCAGCCCCAUCUUCUCAGCCCCCCCAUCCUCUCAGCCCCCCCAUCCUCUACCCAUGGCGUCCCAAUCACUUUGACUGCUGUUGAUUAA